UAGUACAACACCACCAACUAGCGGUGAUUUAUUUAAUAGCGCUUCGUAGAAAAUAUUGAUUAAUUGAUCAUGUUUGAGGACGUAAAGAUUGUUUUGGGGAUAGACUAAAUGUUUUGUAAUCAAAUGGAUUGUUCGACCAUUAAAAUAUUUGCUGUCGGCUAGAGAAAUAAAAAUAGACUGACCAUUUUUUGCGGGACAAACGGUGUUCCUUUUUGGAAUCCUCAUCGCGUAAAACAAUGACGCCUUUGCUUUCGAAAAACAACAUUUUGUCGCAUGUUUAUUUUCAUUUUUCAAAUUCCUCAAAGCAACCUAGGCUACAGGUGAUAGAAGGCCUUUUCCAACCAAAGAACAAACAAGAUUUAAGCGAAAAAUAUAGCCCUACUCAAGAUGGAGUUAGUGUCAGGUUACCGUGACCGGAUGAUUGAGUUCUCCGAGGCCAUGGCACAGUGGUAUCGCUGCUUCCAGACCACCCGUAGGGGGCGCAAAGAACCACAUAGUGAUUUCUGGGGGUACGAUUUUCCCCGAUACCACAUGGACCGCUCACCGUACUGGAUACUGCACCUGCUGGAUGGCGCUGCAACGCCACCUGCAGCUAUUCCACGGCUAGAACAGGCUGGAGUGGACCCCUCCGAGCUCAUAAGUAGUGAUGGAGAGAGUGUUCUGAUGGUGACGGAUGCCUCUGGCCUGCCCCUGGGCUUUGACGUACUGGCCGGUGGCUGGGCGGGGGCGCUGGGUGGGGGCGAGGCGGCGGGCGGAGAUGGGAAGGGGGCCCUGGAGACAAUCCAGAAGAUGGUAGGACUGCUGAGACGCUGCAUGGAGGCUCCCAUGACUGGCGGGUUGCCUCGGAGACCACACAUGCUCCACGUCAAUGACAAGAAGCUUCACAGGUUGCUGAGUAGGUGUGAGAAGGCCCUCACCAUUCUGAAGGUGGUUCUGUGGCCCCAGGCCCUGGGUGACUGGGGCCUCACAGAGGUGGAGCAGAUGGACGGAGGAGAGUCCUUCAGCAUGCGCUGGCCUCCGACCUGCUACUGUCACGUGUGUAAGAAACACUCCUUCCCCAGUCAGCUGAAACCAUGUCCACAGUGCAAGGCUGUCCUGUACUGUUCUGACCAGUGUUCCCAGGCAGACCAGAUCCGCUGUCCAGAGGAUGCCAGUCACCAGCACUGGUGUGAAAAACUGGCCUGCUACAUGAGCCACGACUCACAGCUUGCCGAGCUGCCAUUCAGCUACGCCGCAGAGGUGACAGCUGUUGAUUUCGACCUGGAACACUUCCUGAAUAAGAAUAAACUGGACAGUGGCUACUGGGUACACUGGAGCCUCCUGGUACGCUCCCCCAGAUAUGAGCUCCAUCCCACAGUGGAACAGUCCAGAGAUCAAUACCCCCACUGGUUCACAGGUCACAGUGAGCCCUUUGGACCCCUGAAAAGGGAGGGAGACAUCCUGCUCUGUAGCCCAGCUCCUCAUGCAGUCCCCAGCGUCACCAAACCACUGGUGUUGUGGAGUCAGUACUGUGAGUGGAGGGGUAUCAGUCUGUCCUCUCCUGUGGCUGUUCUUCUCAGCUCCCCUCUAUCCAUCUACUACAUAAUCACGUCGCUGGUGCCCAAAGACUUUCCAGAGCUCAACAUCCAGAAGAAGCAGUCUCUAAAGAUCCACAUCAUCGACUCCUACAGGGAGUUCCACUGUCUCAAGGUGUUCUGGGAAUUGUCCGUUCUCCUGCCGCACAUGACCUUUGAACUGGUGUUCAUAGGGGAGGGACUUCCCCCUGAGAGUGACGAGGAGCAGCUCUUUCUGCAGAAGAAGAACGGCCGUGUCCACCUGGUUAACCCCAGCUUCACCCCGGAUGAGAAGUUGGACAGGAGGAGCAUCCGGGUCAAAGGUUACCGCAGGGCCUAUCACAUGCUGCAAGGGCCCAAACCUGACCUGGUGAUUGGCUUCAGACCGGCGAUCCUGCAUCAGGAGUCAUGGCUCAGCACACUCCCUAGGCUCCAGUCCCUGAGGGCUCCAGCCUACUUCUGUGAGGUCGGGGAGUUGAGCUGUGUGUGCAGCCAGCAGGUGAUGAGCCAGGCCACCGGGGGCACCCUCUCCCCUGCACACAUCAACCCCUUCCACUGCCCCCUGCGCAUCACUGGAGGAGAUAACAUGCUGCCCUGGUAUUCCAAUGCCUUCAUCUUCCAUCUGAGGUACAAGCCCGUACAUAGUGAGAAACGACCUUCUGUGGCCUACCCCAAAGCCCCGCCUCUGCAGGUAGAGACGGCCAAUCAGGAACCUGACUACCCUGUGAAGAUGAGUCGCAGGGAUAGGAAGCAGGCCGCCCGCAAUAUGCCCCGCAAACGCAAAUAACAACAUGCACACACGUACGCACUCAAACACAAACGUAUACACACUGGCACACACACACACACUGGCACACACACACACACACUGGCACACACACACACACUGGCACUAUGGCGCACACACACACACACACUAGGACACACACACACACACUGGCACACACACACACCCACACUAUGGCGCACACACACACACACACUAGGACACACACACACACACUAGGACACACACACACACUAAGACACACACACACACACUAGGACACACACACACACUGGCACACACACACACCCACACUAUGGCGCACACACACACACACACUGACACACAUACACGCACACUGGCACACACACACGCUGGCACACACACAGGUGCGUGCGCACACAAGGUUACUCUCAAUGAACAGACUCAGGGCAGACUAACACUUUAGCUGAACUAGCCUUUUCAUUAAAAAAGACCAGUCAUAGACUCUUCAGUGAUUGCCGUGCCAGUUUGUUUGUGGGUUUUACAUUCUCAAUAGUUUGUAUUUGAUGUUUUAAUUAUGUUUUAAUCCUCCACAUAUCAACCCCCUAAGGGUCCCUUUCCUUCUAUCAGAUAUUGUAGUCUACUGUUAACCACGUGACUGGUAAGAUUACUUAUUAUGUAGGCUAGAGUUUGUGUGGCUGUGACAUUCUUUAUCUUGUACAGACAGAGAUUAGAGGAGAGAGAGAGAGAGAGAGAGAGAGAGAGAGAGAGAGAGAGAGAGAGAGAGAGAGAGAGAGAGAGAGAGAGAGAGAGAGAGAGAGAGAGAGAGAGAGAGAGAGAGAGAGAGAGAGAGAGAGAGAGAGAGAGAGAGAGAGAGAGAGAGAGAGAGAGAGAGAGAGAGAGAGAGGGAGGGAGGAUUACAUGUAACAACCAAGACCCGUGUAGAGAGAGAGAGACAGAGAAGAAUACCAGAAGAUAUUGAGAGAAAGUUCCUAAGCGUACAAUACUCUUAAAAACAAAUACAGAACGUAAAUGAUACAGUAACAAAACACUAAAAUGACCAAACCCAUAUGCUCCCUCCAUAUCCACCCAUAUGCUCCCUCCCUAUCGACCCAUAUGCUCCCUCCCUAUCCACCCAUAUGCUCCCUCCCUAUCCACCCAUAUGCUCCCUCCCUAUCCACCCAUAUGCUCCCUCCCUAUACACCCAUAUGCUCCCUCCUUAUCCACCCAUAUGCUCCCUCCCUAUCCACCCAUAUACUCCCUCCCUAUCCACCCCAUAUACUCCCUCCCUAUCCAUCCAUAUGCUCCCUCCAUAUCCACCCAUAUGAUCCCUCCCUAUCCAUCCAUAUGCUCCCUCCCUAUCCACCCAUAUGAUCCCUCCCUAUCCAUCCAUAUGCUCCCUCCCUAUCCACCCCAUAUACUCCCUCCCUAUCCAUCCAUAUGCUCCCUCCAUAUCCACCCAUAUGAUCCCUCCCUAUCCAUCCAUAUGCUCCCUCCCUAUCCACCCAUAUGAUCCCUCCCUAUCCAUCCAUAUGCUCCCUCCCUAUCCACCCCAUAUACUCCCUCCCUAUCCACCCAUAUGCUCCCUCCUUAUCCACCCAUAUGCUCCCUCCCUAUCCACCCAUAUGAUCCCUCCCUAUCCAUCCAUAUGCUCCCUCCCUAUCCACCCCAUAUACUCCCUCCCUAUCCAUCCAUAUGCUCCCUCCCUAUCCACCCAUAUGCUCCCUCCCUAUCCACCCAUAUGCUCCCUCCCUAUCCACCCAUAUACUCCCUCCCUAUCCACCCAUAUGCUCCCUCCCUAUCCACCCAUAUACUCCCUCCCUAUCCACCCAUAUGCUCCCUCCCUAUCCACCCAUAUGCUCCCUGCCUAUCCACCCAUAUACUCCCUCCCUAUCCACCCAUAUGCUCCCUCCCUAUCCACCCAUAUGCUCCCUCCCUAUCCACCCCAUAUACUCCCU